CCAAGAUACUUUAUACUCUCUGAAUACCAAGCUAUUCUUAUAGUGCGCUACCUAGAGUGCAUAUGCCGUUAGUUCAUGCUCGGCGUAGCAUGAAACAGGAAGUCCACCUAGCUUUAAGGUAGCUCGCCCGACAGGUAACGCGUGAUGUUCCGGCCUUCACGACUUAUUGUGUAAACGGUAAAUAACAAACAUUCUCAGGAUGAAGACAAAAGGGGACAUGGCCAAUAGGCCAGAUAACACAGCAUUCACACAGCAGCGGCUCCCAGCCUGGCAGCCCAUGCUAUCUGCAGGUAUAAUCAUACCAGGAUUUACAAUCAUUGGCCUGUCCUUCAUUGGCAUUGGUGUUGCACUGUUUGUCACCUCACAGAACAUCAAAGUGAUGGAGAAAGAUUACACGGGUAUCGUACAAGAUUCUUCCUGUUUCAAAUGUACCACUCCUGGUGUGAAAAAUUGCAUUUGUGAGAUCACUUUCAGCUUUAGUGAGCUAUUAGAGGGGCCUGUCUUCUUCUAUUAUGGACUAUCUAAUUACUAUCAGAACUACAGACAGUACGGAGCAUCUGUAGAUGCCAGCCAGCUAUCUGGAGACACCAAGUACUUCUUGAAUCCAGAAGACACCUGCGUUCCUUAUCAGUAUGAUUCCAGUUUGAAGCCUAUUGUUCCCUGUGGUUCUCUAGCAAACAGCAUGUUCAAUGACACUUUCAAGCUGUACAGGUAUGUCAAUGGGGAGAAAAAGCAGGUUCUGUUUGAUAGGAAAGGAAUUGCCUGGUGGACAGACUACAACAUAAAAUACAGAAAUCCUGCACCAGUGAAUGGUUCUUUUGCCAAUGCUUUUAAUGGAACAGUAAAGCCCAUAAACUGGCCAAAGCCUGCAUAUGAGCUUGAUCCAACUGAUCAGGCUAAUAAUGGCUUUCAAAACCAAGACUUUCUAGUGUGGAUGAGACGGGCAGCACUUCCUGACUUCAGAAAGCUGUAUGGGCGAAUUACAGGGGGAGAAUAUGCUCAAGGCCUGCCAGCAGGAAACUACACGCUGGAAAUUACCUACAAUUACCCCGUGGUGAAAUUUGAUGGCAGAAAAAAGGUGGUUUUCAGCAAUGUUUCCUGGAUGGGAGGCAAGAACCAGUUCCUGGGAAUUGCUUAUCUUGUGAUAGGCUCUCUCUGCAUUGGCAUGGCUGUAGUCAUGCUUAUCGUUUAUGCUAAAUAUAAGUUUCCAGAUGAUGAUUGUGAUUAGUAUGGAAUUAAUUAGCCUUGUAAAUCCCCUGAUAUCCUAAAGAUUAUUGUUAUUGUUGUUUGUACUAUUAAGUCAUCAUUGUCACAUACAUACACUUUAUUAUCUAUGAAUUGUAAUGUAAGAGUACAGUGUGAAAACACCCUUAGUAAUUAUUGAGUUUAGGUAAAUCGGCCUAAUUUAUUAUUUAGCCUGUUACACCUAUAAAAAUAAUAAAUGUAAAAUGAAUUAUAUAAAAAUAUUUGCUUUAGAUAUUGUGGCAACUGUUUAGGGAAGGAAUGCAUGAAGCUAGUUUUUAAAGAUAUUUGAUGAGUUUGGUGUGAAGGAACUCUAGUGGCCUGCAUAGAACCCUCACUUUUAACCCAAGUGAACAUCUUUAGGAUGGACUGACACAUGAUUUUGAGCCAGGCCUCUUAAUUUAACAUCAGUGAUCAAGUGUUCACUUACAGUGGGGGAAAUAAGUAUUUGAUCCCCUGC